UGGCUAGGGAAGGUGUCUACCGGUUUCUCAUCUUUCAAAGCUUUGCGUUAUGUGGAUGAUUAGGCGUUAAAGCACCUUCAUUUUGUUUAUGACGGUGCUUUACACGGGCAUACACGUCGGAAAUGGAGUCGUGGAGUCGUUGAAAGGUUCGUGAAUGAGAUGGAACAUGCCGAGAAUGGUGCCUCGCAACUGACAUUGUCAACUGAUGUGAACGAAAACACGGAAACGGGCUUUUCUGUGUCUGAGCUGAGUAUCGAUGCCUCUGUCCGUGUUAUUAGCGGUGACAAAGGCGUCAGUAAAGUCUGCUCCGAAGGCAAGAAGGACUCGGAUGAAAGAAGGGCACCUGCUGAUAGCCGUGCAGGAGCGGUUUAUGCAGACGAUGGAUUUAGUGGGACUAAAAGUACAAUGCUCGGCUUCGUAGCAGCAAAGGGGAUAUCGGGUGGAACCAAAAACAACUGUGUCUCUUCGGACCACCACAUCGAUGAUUCUUCAUUGAACCGGGUUACCGAGUCAUCGAGGCUGUCAAUGGUUGAAUCGACUGCCGGAGGUACGGUUACCUCUGCAGGGAACCCUAGGGUUGCUGAUGUUGCGAACUGUCAGUCGGACCCAGACGAGGCUAACCCUCGAGACUUUGCUGGGGCUGUGGAGGUGGAGCACCCCAAAACCAACACUAGCGGGGAUAUGCAAAAGGACACGAUAAGCUCCACCAAACAAGAGCCUCGAAGCGGCAUCUCGCAGGUGCCACGGCCCGGCGAUGGGCACGAGCACCAGGAGAUUUACCGAUGCCAGGCCUUACAACCUGCUGAGCCGCCGACGCUACGUAACGGGGACUUGAAUGGCACCGGUCAGCUCACCCCUGUCAAGGGUCCGGGCAACGAAUCAAAGGGGGAGCCUGCUGUUGGUAAAGUAGCAGACAGCGUCAACAUGGCAAACGGAGAAGUUAUGGCAGCGGAGAACAGGGAAGGCUUUGCCACAGGCUCGCCACAGUCUCGGGUAACCGAGGCAUGUCUAUCAAAAGCGCCGGUGGAAAAUCCCUCGCCCCAUUCACGGCAACAGCACAGCCGCACUGGCGGCGACUCGCAGUCGCAGACAGACGACAGUGAUGCGUUCGAAGACUCGUGCACGUCUUCCCCGUGUCGCCAGGUUCAAAGAGACGCGUCGCCCGUGACUGUCCCCAGGGUCGAACUAACCCUAGGGCCCGACACGGAACCUAGCACCACCGCCACUACUACCACUAGGCCACAGUCUCUGAGAUCUCUCCACCACAGCACGCACUUCCUAAGCUGCGACUCAACGCCGCUGAGCCCGGACAAGAGCAACGUCUUCCUGCUGCGUCCCGAUGCAUGCGGGGGGCAGCACGCCGCCGACUUCAAUUUUAUGGACGUCAAUCUCAACUCGAGGAACACGUUUGAGAUCAGCCGACGUCAGAGCGCCCCGGACAACAUGCCCGGGGUGAUGAGCGUGGCCGCUGCCGCGGCCGCUGCGGCCGCAUCCGAUCAGAUGUCAAAACAGAAAAAGCAAGGCAUCUCUGAUUUCUUUGGCAGGGGCUUGUUUUCCAAGAAGCAGUGUGAGCAACAGAGUGCCCCGGGCUGGAAGCUGUUCGGGAAGGUGCCGCCCAGAGAGAACAACCCCAAGGACUCCAGAACCAUACAGCAGGACAGUAACCAGGCCAGCCUAACAUCAGUUUCUACACCCAGUCUUUUAGGCACAGCGGAGUAUGAGGCCAGGAGAUCCCAGUCAGGCCACUCCCCUCCUUCCCAGUCAGCGUCGGGACGCCGCAAGAACCUGGAGUUCGAACCCCUCUCCACCACCGCUCUCAUACUGGAGGACAGGCCAGCGAACCUUCCGGCCAAGUCUUCAGAAGAGGCCCUGAGGCAUCGGCAGGAGUACGACGAGAUGGUGGCCGAGGCCAAGAAGAGAGAGCUGAAGGAGGCCCAGAGGAAGAAGAAGAUGAUGAAGGAGCGCUUCAGGCAGGAGGAGAGCAUCGCCAUCGCCAUGGUAGCAUGGAACACAGAGAUACUGCCCAACUGGGAAACCAUGCGUAGUACGCGGCGCGUGAGGGAGCUGUGGUGGCAGGGUCUACCACCUAACGUCCGCGGCAAAGUCUGGAGCCUGGCCAUCGGCAACGAGCUCAACAUCACGCCUGAGUUGUACGAGAUCUUUCUCUCCAGGGCUAAGGAGCGGUGGAAGACUUUCAGUGAAACAGGAAUAGACACAGAGACCGAGGAGUCGGGGGCGUCUCUGGCCGACAGGGAGUCCAGUCUGGACGUCAUCAAGUUGGACAUCUCACGCACUUUCCCCUCCCUCUUCAUCUUCCAGAAGGGUGGGCCAUACCAUGAUGUCCUUCACAGCAUCCUGGGGGCGUACACCUGUUACAGACCAGAUGUGGGAUAUGUGCAGGGCAUGUCGUUCAUCGCGGCCGUGCUGAUCCUCAACCUGGAGGAACCGGACGCCUUCAUUGCCUUCGCAAACCUCCUCAAUAAGCCCUGUCAGAUGGCCUUCUUCAGAGUCGACCACGAACUGAUGAUGAAGUACUUUGCUGCGUUCGAGGUGUUCUUUGAGGAGAACCUCCCGAGACUCUUCACACACUUUAAGAGCUGCAGCCUCACCCCCGACCUCUACCUUAUAGACUGGAUCUUCACGCUGUACAGUCGUCCGCUGCCGCUGGACGUGGCGUGCCGCGUGUGGGACGUGUUCUGCCGCGACGGGGAGGAGUUCCUGUUCCGCACGGGGCUGGGCAUCCUCAGGCUGUUUGAGGACGUGCUGCUGCAGAUGGACUUCAUCCACAUGGCCCAGUUCCUGACGCGGCUGCCCGACGGCCUGCCCUCCGACGCCCUCUUCGCCUGCAUCUCCGCCACGCAGAUGCUCAGCGGGAACAGGAAGUGGACACAGGUCUUCAAUGCUCUCAUGAAGGACAGCAAAGAGGCAGAGAAGACCAGUAGUCCAGCGCUUAAAAGUUCCUAACUUAACUUGCCCUCAAACUUUGGACCACAAGUUAAAGAGAACUUUUAAAACCUUCAUGUCACUGUGGACGGAGGACUUAAAAUGCCGCAACAAGAACUCUGGAAAAGAAUUCUGGAACAAUUCUGAAAUGGAAGAGAGAGAGAGAAAAAAAGAAUUUCGAACUGAAAAACAGAAAAACCAAAUUCUCCUGUGUGGAAGACUCACCUAGAAAGCCUAGGGGAAAUCACUUGAAUCUUUUGGAGAAGAAGAAAAAGAAGAAAAAAAACCUUUGCCAGUAUUACUUCCACAAUCAGGAAAAAAUGUGGCUUUGAAGUGUGAGUGUAUGAUGAUGAGGAUGAUUGUUCGUUGUUGUUAUUUUAUUUAUUUUGGUCACUGUCAGAAGCAAUGGCUGCCUUUUUUGUUCUUGCCCAAGGUCACUUGAGCUCAACCUUUGGUGGGACCGUGUCCAAGUUUUUUUUUUUUUUUAAAGACACUGCAAUCUCCCUACUUCCAGUGGGGGACCAGUGACUGGAUCGAUUGUGCAAGGAAAAUGAAAAAAAAAAUGAAAAAAAAACACACACAAAGAAAAUUCCUCAAACACUACCACUCCUAAACCCCCAUUUCCCUGACGCAAGCCUCAACUCCAGAUAUGUUUCUCUCACGGUUGAUCCCAGGUCACUGUUGACUCCAUAAUGCAGACUCUCGCAAAGACAUUUAUUCUACUUUUUUUCUUAUGUAUUUCCCUCCCUUCCACACUUGCUCUCCUUCUCUCUCUUUCCGGUUGUGUGUUUCGGCACUAACCCCAAUACUCGUGAACUCCGGUGCGAGCGGACGGAACGGAAAUAGCUGUGUGUGUGUGUGUGAUAGCUGUGUUUUAACAGUAUCAAGGAACACAAAAGGUUUUCAAUCCCAAGGCUGUGUCAUUGUCCCCUCCAAGCUGUUUUCGUUGUGUGUCAGCCAGGAGGAGUGCAUUUCUCGACAACAUCGUUGCUAACUAAGUUAGCGACUUACUUGUUUGCAAUGCGAUUUCCCAUUGGAAACCUAGCAAGUUGCUAACUGGUUAGCAAUGAUGCUUUAGAGAGACGGGAUGCUGUAGGUCUCUCUCGUUCGGACCAAGCAGAAGAUAUCAGACCAGACGCUCACGUAUCGGUCGACACUCCCACGUGGGCCUUGCUGCUUGGACCAUUCCCCCCCAGCAGAGACGAGACGCCGGGGACACUGCACAUCGUAGCUGCUCUGAAACAAGUUCGAGUGGUUCUGAUUCCACAACAGAAGCUGUAAACCCAGGGGCCACAGUGUAAUGUAGGGUGAAUUAAGGUAAAUUGGGCCACUUUUUCCCAUUAACUUAUAUGCAAAAAAGUGGCCCAAUUCACCGGAACUCACCCUAAUGCUUUAUGUUAUGUUAUGUAAUGGUAUUGCUUCAUGCAGAAGCAUCGAGAUUAGCUACGGUAUAUGAAGGUAUCAAGAAACAGUUAAUCAGAAAUAUUUAACCUCACAUAAAGACUGAAAAUGUUUUUAAAAAAAAAAAAAAGAUGGAAGGACAGUUGCCUGGUAAAUGUGAUUUUUAACAUCUCUUUUAUUCUCACUCACACAACACACUUUUGUCUGUCAGAGAUGUUUUUGUUUGUUUGUUUGUUUGUUUGUUUGUUUUUUCUGUUGACUUUCUUUGAAAAAGAAAGUCAUUUUUUGAAGUGCAAUGGUGUGUAGCUUUAGAACAGCAAAGAGCCUCCAGAGAAAAACCACUCUGUGUGUCUUACUGUUUAGAUGCAUUGCUCAGGCAUCUUGUGUGUACUUGCAGAAAUCGAGAGAAAUCUCGAGAGAACAAAAAAAAAGCUUUUUUUUUAUUUCUUCCAUGUUGCAAACAAGUAAGUAAAUUGGUUGACGUGUCGAGAGAACGUACUGUCACUAUGUUGUUGUUACAAAAACCAUGAGAAAACAAAAAGCUUUUUUUAAUUAUUAUUUCUUACAUGUCGCAAACAAGCAAGCAAAUGAGUUGACAUGUGAAGACCUGUACACUCACGUCGUUACUCGUGCACUAAGACAGCACUUCUGCAUUCUAUGCGGCGCGUUUGCUUUUGUUAUCCAAGAGCUGAAAUGAAUGACCUGUUUUUUUUUUUUGUAGUAAACAAAACAAAAAUAUUGCGGUGAAUGUUUGUAAUUGUACGGACGACCUUAUUAAUCGUUCUUUCGAAGCAGCAUUGCUAUGCUUUUAGAAGCUCUCCACUCUGCUCAUAACUGGAGUCGGUCGCUUUUAUGUUUGUUUUGUUUUGUUUUGUUUGUUUUGAUGAAUUGGUUUGAUGAUAUGCUAUCAAAUACACGGUUUUACCGGGUUCUCUGGAUUUUAAAAGCUCUUAAGCUGUAUGAUUUAAUGUAAGAAGAUUUUUAAAAAAGCAAUGCAACUGUGUAUGAUUGAUUUGAAAUAGUGCUAUAUACUUGAGCUGUUGAUUCCACUCUCUGUCUGCUGUCUUUCUCUGUGUUGUACAGUUUUCAUACUAAGUUAUGAGUUUAAAUGUAAAUAGAUUAUGCCCUUGCUAAAAGAUCAUUAGAUAAGACGUGUAAAUAAAUCAAAACUGAAAA